AUGACCGCCGCCGCCAACGACGGAGGAGGAGAGCCGCCGACGACGACCGCCUGCCCCGUCGACCACCACGCCCGCGCCGCGUGGAUGGAGCAGGCCCAAAAGGCCGCCGCCGCCGGCCAGGCCGCCCCGCCGCUGCCCGUGCCUCAUCCUCCUCCUCCAGGUCCGCCCUCCUCGGCCGCUCCCACCGCCGCCCUUCGCAAACCCGCAGCCGCAGCCGCAGCCGCAGCAGCCGACGGCUGCGACUCGUCCAAGCUCGACCAAUCGCUCCCGCCGUCGCUGCCGCAGUCCAAAACAACAACAACCGCCGGCUCCACGCUCCUCGGCUAUCUCGGCCUCCGACAGGACCGCGAGGUGUCGACGAUCCCGCGGGCUAUUCCGGGGGAGCGCGCUCAAGUUGCGGCGGGGCAGGCGCCGGCGGGCCAGGUGCCGGCGAACAAUGAAGGCGAGACGGGCAGGGACGGCGCGUCGGGGAACUGGAUCUACCCGAGCGAGGAGAUGUUCUUCAACGCGAUGCGGCGCAAGAGGUUCGACCCGCGGGUCGAGGACAUGCGGAGCAUCGUGCCGAUCCACAACGCGGUGAACGAGCGGGCGUGGAAGGAGAUCAAGGCGUGGGAGGAGGGGAGGGGGGGCGGGAGUUGCGGCGGCCCUAAGCUCGUGGCUUUCUCGGGCAACUCCCAGAAGUUGACGCCCCGCGCGCGGUUCAAUUCGUUCCUCGGAUACCAGACGCCGUUUGACAGGCACGAUUGGGUCAUCGAUCGUUGCGGGACGACGGUCGAGUACGUCAUUGACUUUUACUCGGGCAGGAACGAGGGGAAGGAGGGGAAGAGCUUGAACUUUUACUUGGACGUCAGGCCGAAGCUGAACAGCUGGGAGGGCGUCAAGACGAGGGUGUCGCGGUUUUGGGGCUUUUAG